UUUUCCAGAUAUGCUGAUCCGGAACCAGGUGAAGAAGUUGUUAUUUCCGGAAUCGCUGGUAGAUUUCCAAAAUCCAACAAUUUGUAUGAAUUGAAAGAUAAUAUUUUUAAUCGCAAAGAUUGUAUCACAGAUAACGGAAUAAAUACAGAGCAUUCAGAAAUUCCUCGACGAACGGGGAAAAUUAACAAUAUUGAGAAAUUCGAUGCAUUAUUUUUUGACGUCGAUUUUAAAGAAGCACAUACUAUGGAUCCUAUGGGCAGAAUAUUGUUCGAACAUACUUAUGAAGCUAUUGUAGAUGAUGGAAUUCAUCCAAAAGAUCUUCGUGGAACGAGGACAGGUGUAUUCUUAGGUGCAUGCUUCUCCGAUACAGAGAUAACUUGGAUCUACGACAAACUCUAGGUAAAUGGCUUUGGUAUCAUAAGCUGUAGCAAAGCUUUUAUGGCCAGCAGAAUUUCGCAUUGGUUGGGUGUCACUGGACCAACAUAUAACGUCGAUACCGCGUGCAGCUCAAGUCUAUUUGCGAUGGAACACGCAUAUAGAGCUAUACAUAAAGGACAAUGCGAUUACGCGAUCGUCGCUGGAUUAAAUCUUUGCCUUCAUCCAUUUGUAUCUUUGCAAUUUAAACGUUUAGGAAUAUUGUCUGAGGAUGGUCGUUGCAAGUGUUUCGACGAAGAUGCAGAUGGUUACGUGCGCAGCGAUGCCGUAGUUGUGGCAUUUCUGCAAAAAGGAAAAAAUGCUAAAAGAAUCUAUGCAACAGUUAUUCAUGCGAAAACAAAUUGCGAUGGUUAUAAGGAACAGGGAAUAACAUUUCCUUCUAGCCAAAUUCAGAUUACUCUUUUCAAAGAAUUCUACGAUGAAUGCGGUGUACCAACAGCUUGUAUAAAUUACAUCGAAGCUUAUGGUACAGAAACUACAGUUGGUGAUCCUGAAGAAAUAAAUGCUAUAGAUCAGAUUUUCACAAAAAACAGAAACAAUCCUCUUAAAGUCGGUUCCAUCAAAUCAAAUUUUGGUCAUAUCGAACCAGCCAGUGGAAUGUGCUCCAUUGCUAAGGCGAUAAUAUCGAUGGAAUCAGGCCUAAUACCACCAAAUAUUAAUCUUAAUCAACAACGCAAAGACGUAAAAGCUUUUACAGAAGGGAGAAUCAUGGCUGUUAGCGAAACGUCUCCGCCUGAUGGGGAAUACAUAGCCAUUAACUCUUUUGGCUUUGGUGGUGCUUAUGCUCACGUCUUACUUAAAUCAAAUCCAAAAACAAAGGUCAAUAAUGGAUUGCCAGAUGACGAUUUGCCAAGACUCGUAACUGUUUCUGGACGUACCGAAGAAGCAGUUGUAACCAUAUUAAACGAUAUCGAUAAUCGACCGAUAGAUGUAGAAUUUAUUCGUCUCCUUCAUGAUAUUCAUUUCAAAGAAACAUCAAGUCAUUUAUGUCGAGCAUACACGAUAACUAGUUCUAAAUCGUCUGACGAAAAAUUGAGAGAAAUUGAAAAAUAUUCUGGUAUAAAAAAACCAAUAUUGUUUGUUUUUUCUGGAAUGGGAUCGCACUGGUCUGAUAUAGGUCAAAGUCUAAUGAGAUUCCCUAUAUUUGCUAAAGCUAUAGAGAAAUGCGACGCUGUAUUAAAGCAGUAUAAAUUGAAUAUUUAUAAAAUUUUAACUGAAAAUGAUAACAGCAUGUUCGACAAUAUCUAGCUUUCGAUCGUCGGAAUUGCUGCAGUUCAGAUCGGCUUAGUAGAUCUUCUAACUUCCGUAGGUGUAGUGCCAGAUUACAUCAUCGGACAUUCCAUUGGUGAACUUGGUUGUGCCUACGCAGAUGGAUGUUUUACAGCAGAGGAAAUGAUAUUAGCAGCAUAUUCGCGAGGAAUUGCCUUGAUGGAAACAAAAAUAUCUCAAUGUUCUAUGGCAACGGUAGGGCUUUCCUAUGAAGAUCUGAAAAAUUGCUGUCCUGUUGAUAUCGACAUCGCAUGUCACAAUGGAACUGAAAGUACAACUGUUAGCGGACUGACCGAUUCUGUGAAGAAAUUCGUUAAAAAAUUACAGACAACUGAAGUUAUCGUAGAAGAGAUAGCUAGCAAUAAUAUACCUUAUCAUAGCCGAUAUAUGGCAGCAGUUGGAUCGAAACUUUUUGUAUAUUUAAAAAAAGUGAUACCAGUAACGAAGGCACGAAGUGAAAAAUGGCUCAGUACAUCGGUGCCACGAAACGCGUGGUCGACAUCAGCCGCAAAACUCUCGUCAACUGAGUAUCACACCAAUAACCAGUUGAAACCUGUACUCUUUGCAGAAUCAUUAGCUCUGAUUCCGAACAAUGUUGUCACGAUUGAAAUUGGAUC